UCACGCGCUUUCUAGAGCCCGUCAGGAAGAAGAUAAACAAAACAAACCAGAGAGGAAAGCAGCGUGGUUUCAGCAGUAAUGGCAAAAACAUCGUAAUAGAGGUUGGAUUACGGAACUAAAUAUCUAUCAAAAACUCCGCUGGAAGUAUCAAGAGAGUAGCUGGCUCACGAGGACCGAAGGAAAAGCCGCUGGGGCUUGUGGGAUACAAACCUCCUUCCUGCCACCGAAAAACCAUUGAUUUCUUCUUCUGGUCUGGGACAAAAGUGGAAACGCCCGGACCGGGGAGGCGGCGAACAAGUUUCCGCGUGGAGCUCGAGGACCUGUGCUCAACGAUGCCUCAGCCCAGCAUCAGUGGAAUGCACCCUCCGUUCGGGGAUGCUUUUCAGACCCACACUUUUGCUGACCAGGUGCUGACCAGCACAGACCUGUUGGCCAACAGCUCGGACCCGGACUUCAUGUACGAGCUGGACAGGGAUAUGAGCUGCAGACAAAGCCCCAGGGUGGACGUGCCCACGGCAGGAGACUGCAGAGAGCUGGAGGGGGUGGAGCAGGAGGCUCUGGACGGAGACCCCGCCUACAGCUCCACCUUCGAGCAGUGGGACUCGUACUGGGAGGACCUGACGCGCUACACGCGGCUGGCCAGCUGCGACAUCUGGGGCACCAAGGAGGUGGACUUCCUGGGGCUGGACGACUUCUCCAGCCCCUACCAGGACGAGGAGGUCAUAGGUCAGACGCCCACACUGGCGCAGCUCAACAGCGAGGACUCGCAGCCCGUCAGCGACGCGCUCUACCACCCCGACCUGCUGUUGGGGCAGAAGCCCCACCCCCACCCCGGCCCCGGCUCCGCCCCCGGCCCUGCCUCCUCGCACGCCAACAAGGCACCCGCCAGGCUUCUUGGGGCUGGCGCCUGCUCGUCCUCGGCCAGGAACCCCCUCCCGGAUUUCGCCGAGGGCUCCCAGAAGGCCACCUGGCCCGUGGCGUCCAGCACGGAGACCAUGUCCAAGGCCCAGGCCCUGGGCCCCAAGAUGGCGCCCCUCCCGUCUGACAGCAAGGACUACGUCCGCAAGGCCAGCGUCCGCGUUAGCAUGGCCCGCCGCCCUGCGCCCGCCGCCGUGCCAACCAGGCCCGCCCACCUCCCCGUCGGCCCGGUUUUCGCCGAGGGCGUCACGGAGACGGAAAUCGAUGCCGUCGUUACUGCCGUUGCCGUGGUUAAAGCCUCCGGUGCUGUGGUUGGGGAGAAGAAAUUGGAGAGGCCCCUCCUCUCGGAGGCCCCUGUUGACAUGGAGACCACCGUACCGCAGUCCGGGUCCCCCAAACUGUUCCCAGGGACGGGGGGGUGUCCCGGCCUAGUCCCCGCUGUGACCCUGGGACCCGAGGCCGGGCAGGACAAGAAGGAGGAGGAGCACAACUACUACCUUCUCCUCGCGCGGGGCAAACUGGUGGGAAAACAGGAGGCGGACGCCCAGGAGCCGGACGAGAGGGAGGAGGACGAGGAGGAUGAAGAGGAGGACGAGGAGGAAGACGAAGAGGAGGCCGAGCUGGACGAUGAGGGAUUCGGUAGCGAGCACGAGCUCUCUGAGAAUGAGGAGGAGGAGGAGGAGGACGAGGAGGAGGAAGACGAGGAUUAUGAGGGUGACAAGGACGAUGACAUGAGCGACACAUUUUCAGAAGCAGGGUGUGAGAAUGACAUGGCGGAGGGUGUGAAGAACCUGACGGCGGUGAUCUCGCGGAAGCGGGGGAAGAGGCGGUACUUCUGGGAGUACAGCGAGCAGCUCCCCUCCUGCAAGCAGGAGCGCAUGCUGAUGCCCUCCGAGUGGGACAGAGACACGCUGCCAAGCAACAUGUACCAGAAGGGAGGCCUGCACCACGGAAAGUACGCGGUGAAGAAAUCACGGCGCACGGAUGUGGAGGACCUGACGCCGAACCCCCGGAAGCUUCUGCAGAUCGGCAGCGAGCUGCGCAAACUCAACAAGGUGAUCAGCGACCUGACACCUGUCAGCGAGCUGCCGCUGACCGCCAGGCCCCGCUCCCGCAAAGAGAAGAACAAGCUGGCCUCCAGGGCAUGCCGGCUGAAGAAGAAGGCUCAGUACGAGGCCAACAAAGUCAAGCUGUGGGGGCUCAACACCGAAUACGAUCGACUGCUGUUUGUGAUCAGUGCCAUCAAAGAGGAGAUCGUCAGCAGGGUGGAGGAUGACUCCAGGGAUAAAGGAACAAACAUGGCUGACAGACUGGACCAGCUCAUCAGUGAAAAUCUUGUGAAGUCGCCGGUCGCGGGGCAGACCUCAGACUUCGUGAACCAGAUCCUGGAGUCCACCAGCAGGGGGGACCCCACGGGAGGGCUGGUGGGGCUCCGCGUCCCCACGUCCAAAGUGUAGAGGGGGGCGACCCGGAGGGUCCCCUGGAGAGGAUCGAGCCGUCAGCGCCAUUCGUGUUCCCAAAAACUGUAAAGGCGUCCCGUUUGUGCAUGCUCAUUCCAUCUAUAAGAUAUACCCCACAUGCCUAGUGUGAAUAUAUAUAUAUAUAUGUGUGUAUUUAUAUAUAUAUACAUGCCUUUUCAUGUGUUCGUAUAUUUAUAUUAUGCAACGAUGAGGAAAUGGAAAGAGUAGAGAUGUCUGGCGUACAGGUGUGAGGAGAGUGAUACCCUGUUUUUGCAUGUGGUUUGUAAACUUUGUCUAUGAGCCACCGGUUGCAAAUGUGAAACCAGCUAAAAGAACCCUUGUGUUCCCGAUAUUUUUCUUCAUUUAAACAAAAAAUCUUUUAAAAAAAAAAAAAAAAAACGAAAAAAAACAAACAUGCACACACACGCGCACUUAAAAACAUGGCAGUAGCAGAACAGCCAUGCUGCGUAAUAGUUGCCCCCCCAACGCAAAUUAUGAUUUGCUGCCAUUGCCCUGCAUGUGGAGUGAUAAACUUGACACAACAGAGAGGCAGGGCCAUUUUUAUUUUUAUUUUUUUCUUUUGUGAAUAUUGUAUGUCAGGUCACACCUGUCAAAUCUACAGCCAUGUUAGGAAUAAAAGAGUAAAAAAAUAUGUAGGUUACCACUGUCCAUUUUCCCGCCAAAGCAAACGGACGUUUUAUUGUGAACCCAGUAGCUGACCAACUGCAGCAGCAAGUACAAAUAUGUGAAAUGGUCAGAGGUGUGUAUCGGUUUUUAAUUCACAGUAGCUGGGGGGAAAAGAAAAAACAAAAAAUCACUGCUUUGCUAACGUUGGGGAUGUGUAUUGGGGAUGAAAAUUCAGCUGGCAAGCGGGUGGGUAUUCUUGCUGAAUUUGGUUCGGGAAUUCUGGAAGACUACUUGGUGAAGUUCCAUUGCCCUCUUACUGUUGGAGAACAGAGAGGAAUUUAAAGGGAGGACACUGAGGCUGAGAAUAAAAUGGCGGAUGCGUUCAAAAUUAUGAAACUGGAUAAUUCUGCCGACAGUUUUAUUGAAAUAUCACUGACGGGAAAUAUACAGUAGACUAUGCUAACAAAGUGGAAGGACAGUUUGAAGUUCCCCCAUUUGUGCUCAGUUUUGUAACCGUACAAAAAGUAAUAUUCAUCCGUGCCUUGUAUUUAAGAGAGGAGAAGAUUGCAGAGCUCCCAGAGGUUUUAGAAAGUGUACUUUUUUUCUCAGAAACUGAGAGCUAGAGAGGAACGCUUUGUAUAUUUUCUCGUUGUUUUAGCUCUUUAAGAUAUUAUGAAUGUACAUAGGGAUGCAGGAAAUGUUGGCUUGGGCCACAGAGUCUGUUCAUUGUAUCAUAAGAUGGCUCUAACAGAUGUUACUUUGGCUUUUGGUACUUUGCUGGUGGGGAAGGGGACUAAAAAGAAAAUAUAUGAACUAUAUAAAAAGAGAAAUAUUUGCACACUAUAUUUUGAUUGUUUUUUUUUUUUUUUGUACCAAAGAUGAAUGCAAUGAAAAAUGGCUACUAGCCAGUUUUAAGUAAAGGUUUUGCACAGCUUACCAGACACCGUAUUGAAUGUAAAAUAAAAAAAGAAAAAGAAAAAAAAAAGAAAUAAAAUCCAAAAAAAUCUAAUUUAAAAAAUAAAAUAAAAAGUGGUAGGGUCAGGGAUGUUCAUUGAACUGUGAAAUUUUGCUUAGGUCCAGUUAAACGCAGAAAGAAGCAUUCAUUCACGUCUUCUUCGGGUAUUCUGCAGUGCUGCUUGUCGGCUCUUCAAGCAGGCUGAUUAAUCGAGAAAAGAGUUUGGGAUUCUUCACCUGAAAUGUUUCGCUUUUGUUUUCCGAGUCUAGUAGGGAAAAGCUAAAUAUAAAGCAUUUAAUUAUAUGAUUUUAUUUAGCAUGUUGGUCAGACAUUACCACAAAUAACCAAAAGAUAUAGUAUUUGUAUAGUUUAUAUAUGUAACAGAAAAGGGUAUACAUACAUUUUAUAUAUGAGAAAUAUUAAGUACUGUAUGUGUAGUAUUUAUAAUAUGUGUAUAAGUAUAUUCAUAGACAUUCACACUCAGAAUUAGGUUACCACUUUCUCAGUUAAUGUCUUGUUAAGAAUGAUACACUUUGAACGAUCUGUCUUUGAGGAUAAAAAAGAUGUUUAAAAAGAGAAAAUAAUAAAUUUUAUAUAUUUUUGUA